AUGACUUGUUAGUUUCUUGUUGUUGGCCAAUUAUUUCUAAUUAUCUAUAUUCUGUUCAUCCAAAAAACACCAACCCCAUUCAUAAUAACUCUCUAACCUACCAUCCAUUCCUACAACAGAAAUUUAAGAGCACAACCUGUUUGAGAAAAAGUUUCACAGAAAAUGAAACACCAACCUCUUCAUUUGUAACAUAACACCCUCUCUACUGUUAUAGAGACUCUAUAUUAUUGUGGCUGAGAAAAAGAAACACUUAUACAUAUUAAUAUUUUUGGCAAUGGAAGAUUCAAGCAAGAUACUGAGAAGAUCUAUUCAUUGUUUUCUUCAAAACUAUCACUAUUUUACCUCAACAGUAGUUUUUCUUGUUCUUCCUUUCUCAGUUUCAUUGCUUCUCUCACAGGCUUUGGUUCCUUCACCUUCAUCACUCUUGCCUCAAGUAUACAAUCGCCUGAAGAAUCUCUUUGAUGCUGCAGGGUUUCCUCCUUCAGAAUUAUUUACCAUUCUUAACCUUAAAGUUUCUCAAACAAUCACUUCAUCAAUAUUUACCCUUCCUUUUACCCUCACCUUUCUCCUCAUAGCAAAAGCUUCUAUAAUCAUAACUCUAAACCAACAAAAAAGAACUCUGCUUCCACCUUCUUUUGGUUCCAUAUUUUCCCUUUACAAGCCACUCCUCCAAACCUAUAUAUGCAACUGCUUCUUGAUCCUCUCGGCAAAUGCAACCGGCUUUGGUCUCUUGUUCUUGGCAUUCAACUGUGUGGAAGGGCUCGGCUACUCUUCACCGAGUUUGCUCCUCUUUUUGUCAACAUCUGGGGCUGUUCUGUUUUCUGUGAUACUUGCAAAUGCACUUGUCAUAUGCAAUAUGGCACUCGCUCUAUCCGGUAUGGAAGGACAUGGAGGGUACCUGGCAAUCCUUAAGGCUUGUGUUAUGAUAAGAGAAAAGACAUCAAUGGCUUUGUUCCUGGCACUUCCAGUAAAUGUGGCCCUGGCCGCCGUCGAGGCCUUGUUCCAAUUUCGCAUUGUAAGGACUUAUCAUAUAGCCGGAAAGGCAGGGCCUUAUGUGGCCUUAGAGGGGAUUUUCAUUGCUUACUUAUAUUCAAUCUUUGUCAUCAUUGACACCAUUGUGAGCUGCAUGUUCUACAAAAGCUUCAAGACCGGAUCGAGUGUGGAUCAAGAAUUCAAGAACUUGUUGAUUGAAUUUCAAGAAGAGGACAAUUAUGGUUUCAUAAAGAACAAAAAUUUUGAAGAACUACCUUGACAUAUAAGGUAGCAACUUAUUGAUUUGAUUAAGGAGUAAGAACUACCAGUUAAAUUUUUGAGAGAAAUUCAUCAUGUUGCUUGAUGACUCAGUGAAUUGAGCAACAUUGAAGGCAUCAAGUUUUUUCAAAUUUCAAUGGAGGAACCUCAUCUCAGUCAUAUGCAACACAUAAGAAGCUAGAGAGUAACCAAUUUAUAUAGAUUCCUUUCUGUUAUAUGUAUAUUGUUCAAUUGGCCCCUUCUUUUGAUUUUAUCAAAUUUACUUUGUAUA